CAAAUAUGAGUUACAUAAAAUUUGAAAGCGCACGUGAAAAGGAAAAGGCGCGCCAACAACUUAAAGAGGCACGGGCGGAGCUGCUCAAAGAGGCGCAAGAAAGAGCAGAGCAGCGCCAACAACGGGAGCUACGAAAUGAGCUGCGUGGGGAAAGCAACUGGAUGUUGCCGGCAAUGACAAAAAAACUGGAUAAACUGAGCAAUGCAUCUUCAAAAUCCAAACAAAGGAAAGCAAAGCGUAAGUCCAAGUCACACUCAAUAAAAUCAGGUGCUGUGAAAAAGAAACGCAAGAAGCGUAAAAGCAGUAGCAGUGAUACCGACAGUUCCUCUUCAAGCUCUUCCGACAGCAGCAGCGAGGAGGAAAAGAAGCGUAAACGGCACAAAAAGAAGUCGAAAAAAAGCAGGAAAACUAAAAGCGAUAGUGAAAGCGACAGUGGAAGCGAAGGCGAAGAGGAAUGGAUAGAAAAGCCAUCAGGGGCUGCUAAGGAGCUGGAGUCGUCGAGUGGCACAGCAGGACUUCUUCAAAGAGACAGCUGGAUGACAUCAGAAACAUUAGCACUGAAGACAUUCACACGCGAGCGCAAGGAACCAACGAAGCCAAACGAAAGACAACAGAAAAUAGAUGCCUAUGAUCCGGCCAGAAGCAAGCACGAACUGAAUCCAUAUUGGAAAAGUAACGGCACUGGUCUACCAGAAUUUCAAAAACCUAAAGUUGAUGAUGAUGCGGCCGAUGAUCGACUUGCACAUCGUGCAACACAUCGUGUUGAAGGCAAACGCAACUGGCAGAAAACAUCCAAGGACUGCGUUAAUAAAAAGCCUGAAAGCCCACCGACAAAAUCACCUCGCCAUUAUUCAUCAUCCAAUGAUAGUGCUUCGGGUUCAUCGAGCGACGAAAAAAGUUCACCUUCAGAGUCAAAGGAAGAUGAUCAAGAAGGGCCUAAAUGCUUAAACGACCAGCAAAUAAAUGAAUUAGCUGCACGAGCCAUUAAAGCUGAACUCAAAGGCAAAGACGAGUUAGCAGCAAACUUAAAUCAACAGCUGGAAAAUGCGCGAAAAGUUCGUGCGGCUCUGUUAGCAGCUGGUAAACCAAUUUCCAAACGAUCGUCGGCACCAUCAAAGCCAUCUACAGACCACGUCCUACUGACACAGACAGACCAACGUGGAAAUGUCCGACCACUAAUGCAGUCGCGCUCAGAGGCACGCCAUGGCGAAUAUGGGGGCCGGAAAGGCGAGAAACAUGGUGGCAAGACAAAGAAGAAGGUCGAAACCCAUGAGGAUGGUCAACGCGUUCGCUACUUUGCAGACGAUGAUCGUUAUGACAUUAAGCAAAUGUUUGAACGCGAAAAACAUUCAAGUGCUGCCGAUUCCAAUAUGCAAUUUGCUGACAUUCUGUCCAAGCACAAAAAUCCCAACGAUGAUCUCGAGGACAUAUUUGUUGACAAGGUGCGCAAGAAUAUUUCGGAAGAAAAAGCUGAUAAGCGUGAGAUGCAGCAGGCUAUACGUGACCACGAGAAACUUACAGCCACUUUGGAGAAUUGUGAGCACUGCUUCGAUUCAAAGAAAUUAAACAAGCAGCUUCUCGUGUCCAUGGGCCAGAAAAUCUAUCUUACUCUACCCUGGCACGUGGGCUUGCAGCCCGGUCAUUGCAUUUUGACGACCAUGCAGCAUGUUAGCUGCUGCACUCAGCUGGACGAAGACGCUUGGGAGGAGCUGAAUAACUUUCGCAAAGCUCUUACACGUAUGUUUGCGACGCAGAACAAGGAUGUAAUUUUCUAUGAGAUAGCCAACAAGCUGCACAAGCGUCCGCAUCUCACCCUGCACUGCAUACCCAUACCGGAGGCACAAGCUGAGAUGGCUCCUUUUUAUUUCAAGAAGGCCAUCGAGGAAUCUGAACAGGAGUGGUGCAUCAAUAAACAGCUUGUAUCAUUGCGUAAGAAAUCUGUACGCUCUGCCAUACCAAAGGGUUUGCCAUACUUGUGGGUGAAUUUCGGCAUGGAUUCUGGAUUUGCUCACGUUAUUGAGGAUGAAGAUCGCUUCCCAUCUAAUUUUGCUCAGGAAAUAAUUGGCGGCAUGCUCGAGCUUAGUCCAAAUACAUGGCGAAAACCUUCUAAGGAAAAAAACUCAAUUGGCAAAGUUAAAGCAUUUGCCGAGUGCUGGAAGAAAUAUGACUGCACUGAGUCGUGAUUAAUCAUAAUA